AUGCCUCCACAGACCACUUUCAUCAAGGUGGGGCAAACCACUCUUCCACUUAAGGUGUUUAUCAAUCGAGCUAGCAAGGACAAUCUGCUUGUGACAAUCAAUGGAAAGUCGCAGGUAACCUUAAGAGAAUUUAGCCAUGCUCGGUUGUCAUCUCAUCAAAUGUCGGUGCUUGUUAAUGACACACUUAGAUCUGAGUUGUCCAAAGCUUUACUUGAAUCUCCGCUCUCUGAACUAUUGCAGGAUAAACAAAAGGUAGUACAGCUCACCAAGACAAAGGCAAAGGACAAAUAUACUUUAAACAUACCUAUAAAAGUCAUACUCGCUGUGCGUAUUGAUAAUGAUAUGUUAACUGGAAGUGAAUUCCAAUAUCUAAGCGAGUCGGGAAUUGACAUACCCCACCUUCCAGUGCACCAAUCUCGUUUACUUACAAGAAAGGGCGUCAUGAAAAAGAUUCUCAUUGAGGAUGAAGAUGAAUUCACUCAAGAACCUACAAAAACCGUCGAGUACAAGUUCUCUCUGAAUCGUGUUAUUGGUGGGUUGGAGACGAUAUCAGUGUUUGUGAACUAG